AUGUACCGGUGAAGGUAUUACGGUUGAAGGUGAGAGUGGCUCGCUGUCAAACUGCUGACUCGAAACAGGAAUCAUGAUCCAUUUGAACAAAUAUGCGUUAGUUUGGAGCACGACUUCCACAGAUAGUAAAGACGACAGGACUACCGAACGGGAGUUAAAGCUCCUUUUAUAGUGGACAACGAUGGCGGUUCCGGUGCUUUGGUUGAGUAUAUGAAAUAAAAGGCUGUUUUCAGAUCAUGGCUUAUUUUACUCGUUUAUUGCUGAAUUGAUUAUCGACUGUGAUUGUACAUACAGCGAAGGGCCAUAGCUGUGUCGCCGUUUGUUUGUUUGGUGGGUCUGGAAACAUUGUUGCAAACAUUAUCAACAGCACACCAAAUCAAGAUGACAGUGGAAAAUACAACAAUUAAAAGCCGGAUUAAAAAUCUGCUCCGAUCGCCUUCCAUCAAAUUAAGAAGAAGUAAACCUGGGAACAACAAGGAGAAUCUCAGUAAUAAGGUGACUUUGGAGAAAGUUCUUGGAAUCACUUCCGCUGGGAGUCGUGCUUUAGCGUGUAACCCACACUCAGGACUUGUUGCCUACCCAGCCGGGUGUGUGGUGGUGCUACUGAACCCUAAGAAAAACAAACAACAUCAUAUUCUCAAUAGCUCCAGGAAAACCAUCACUACGCUCGCCUUCUCUCCCGAUGGCAAAUAUGUGGUCACGGGCGAGAGUGGUCAUAUGCCGGCGGUACGUGUCUGGGAUGUGGCAGAGAGGACACAGGUGGCGGAGUUGCAGGAGCAUAAGUACGGCGUGGCGUGUGUGGCUUUCUCCCCCAACAGCAAAUAUAUCAUCAGCGUGGGUUACCAGCAUGACAUGAUCGUCAAUGUCUGGGCCUGGAAGAAAAACGUAGUGGUUGCCUCCAACAAAGUGUCCAGUAAAGUGACGGCUGUGUCUUUCUCGGAUGACAGCUCUUAUUUCGUCACGGCAGGAAACAGACACGUGAAGUUCUGGUAUCUUGACCACACCAAAUCGUCCAAGUUGAACGCCACAGUCCCAUUACUGGGCCGAUCUGGUCUUCUCGGAGAGCUGCGGAAUAACUUCUUCAGCGAUGUGGCCUGUGGAAAGGGCCGGAAGGCGAGCAGCACCUUCUGCAUCACUUCCUCUGGGCUGCUCUGUGAGUUCAAUGACAAAAGAAUGCUGGACAAGUGGGUGGAGCUUAGGAAAAAUGACAGUUUCGCAACUAGUAUGGCCACGUCUCUGUCAGUCACAGAGGAUCUGAUCUUCUGUGGUUGUGCUGAUGGUACCGUGAGAGCAUUCAGUCCUGUUGAUCUGCACUUUAUCUGCACACUGCCUCACCCUCACAGUCUGGGCACAGACAUCGCUACUGUUACUGAGGCCAGUCACCUCUUUGCCUACAAGGAAAAUGUACGCUAUCCUGAUGCAGUGGCCGUGUCAUACGACCCCACGAACCACUGGCUGUCCUGUGUGUAUAACGACCACAGUCUGUACGUGUGGGAUGUCCGUGAUCUACGUAAAGUGGGCAAGGUUUACUCGGCUCUCUACCAUUCAUCCUGUGUGUGGAGCGUGGAGGUGUACCCAGAGUUGAGGGAUGGUGAACAGCCCCGUUUGUCUCCAGAUUGUUUCCUCAGCUGUUCAUCUGACAAUACUAUCCGUUUAUGGAACACAGAUGCUCAGAACACCACGCUCAGCCGAAAUGUCAUCAGCAAUGACCUUCAGAAGGUCAUUUAUAUGGACAACAACACCUCCACCCUUCUAGACACAGAUUGCACCAUCUCCAGCAACUCAGAGAAGGCUGACCCACAGACCUGUGAGAACCGUACGGGCAUUAGGACCAUGUGUGUGAGUCCAGAUGGGCUGCACCUGGCAUCAGGGGACCGCAGCGGCACACUGAGAAUCCACGAUUUGGAGAGCAUGGAAGAAAUUCUGGAUGUUCAGGCCCAUGAUUCUGAGAUCUUAUGUCUGGAGUACUCUAAACCCGAGACUGGGCUGAAGCUGUUGACCACCGCCAGCAGAGACAGGCUGAUCCAUGUGCUGGAUGCGGAGCGGGAAUAUGGUCUGCUACAAACACUGGAUGAACACUCGUCCUCUAUCACUGCUGUCCGAUUUGCUGCUAAUGAUGGCAAAGUCAGAAUGAUCAGUUGUGGUGCUGAUAAAAGUAUCUACUUCCGCACAGCACAGAAGACCAAGGAAGGCACAGCGUUCACACGUACUCAUCACAUAGUGAGGAAGACUACGCUGUAUGACAUGGAUAUCGACCCUACACGAAAGUAUGCGGUUGUCGGCUGUCAGGAUCGCAGCAUCAGAAUCUUUAACAUCUGCAAUGGCAAACAGAAGAAAGUCUACAAGGGCUCUCAGGGCGAAGAUGGGACCCUUAUCAAGGUCCAGAUGGAUCCCUCUGGUCUGUAUGUGGCCACAAGCUGCUCAGACAAAAACAUCAGCAUCUAUGACUUCUACACUGGAGAAUGUGUGGCCACCAUGUUUGGCCACUCCGAGAUUGUAACAGGGAUGAAGUUUAGUAAUGACUGCAGGCAUCUGAUAUCUGUGUCCGGAGACAGCUGUAUAUUCGUGUGGCGACUGUGUCCUGAGUUGACCAUCAAUAUGAGACAGCGGCUCUCAGACCUGAAACAAAACAGCAAACCAGUUCAGAAGACCCCUCCGAACAAACAUCACACACUUAGCACAAGGAGAGAAAUCCACAGUGCUCCAGUCACUGGUACCAUGUCAUCUGACAGUGACAAAGACGUGGAGGAAGAGGAGUGUAUUGAGGAAGAAGACGAGAUGUUUCCUCACCUGUCAUCAGGAAGCAGUGCCAGCGAAGAGACUGGAUCAUCAGAGGAGAAGCGCAAUACUCUCAAUUCCCAGAUGAGGAAGCAAUCCAACAGCAGUGCUGAAUGCGAGGGAUCAGGUCUGCGGCCAAGGCGUCGAUGGUCCAGACGUUUAGGCAGUAUGGAUCUAAAGGUGAAGUCCAUGCUGGAUCUAAGGCAACUGGAGUCUUUCGCCAUGCCCCUCUUCCCCCCCUCUUCCCCAGUUCAUAAAGAACCUCCACUGCCCAAGAACCAGGAAAUGGGCAGCACUAUCAGCCUGCAGACCCUCGCUGCAUGGGUACCAGAAGAGAAUGGACCAGGUGGACAAACACGUCCUCAUUACAUCCAGCUGUCACCUCAAACCCCAGACACAGAGGUGCUGUAUCCUGAAGGAUGUGAAGACCAGACCAGUCUUGCCGGCAGUGAGUAUCAGGUGAAGAAGAUACCUCAUGGAGUGAGAUGUGCUAAAGUGAACUCUUGUCCUGAGAAGCAAAGUCCAGAUAGUGCCUGCUCUAUGGAGUAUUCCAGCAGUUGCCUGUCCAGCCCUGAGCACCCUGGAGAAGAUUCAGAGCCCACUGAACCACUGAGUGUAGAUGGAAACUCAUCAGAACUGGAUAUGGAAGAUCUCGAUGAGGAAGAAGAGGACAGCUUGAGGAAGAAUGAAGUUCAGACCCCUGUGCCUCAGACCCCAGACCAGGAGGCUUUUCUCAAAAGGCACUUUGCAAACCUGUCAGACCACAACAAUUCUGCAAGUCCAACCAGAGUAACUUCAAACAUCUCUGACAGCAUGUCAUCGAAGUUCCUAUCUCAGAACUCUCCUAGCAGGACUUCAUUCCCGCUCCAUUCAAACAAAAGCAGUGAUGGUAAAACCGCCAGCGGAGUGGUGCGACCCCUGAUCUCUGAAGUGCGCCCUCUCAUGGAGAAUAAGAGUCAAGGCAGACAGCAGGAGUCUCAGGGCUCUGAGAAGACAACAGGUCAGCGUUUAAUCCAGAAGAAACGCACACCGACCGUAGACUCCCGCAGACUGAUCAGCCCCGUUGCAAAAGCCGCUGCAAUUCAUGCUAGUUCUGUGGGCAUGAGGAAAGCCCAGUCUAUCCACAACAUCUCCUCAGAAGCUGACACGGUCCAAACACCUGCUCGUCCCCCUAAGGAAGUCUACCCUCAACCCCAGACCCCUGAAAGAGGUGUCUCCACUAUGCCACGCCGUUCCCUUCCCAUCGUCCCGCUCACAAGCCCCACAAUCAGCCUGCCAAAAGACAUCACCACGCCCACCAGGCUCAAGUCUCGCUCCUACAUGAGCCCCACCACAAGCUCCAUGGCCAAGAUGUCCCGCUCCGUGUCCAUGGGGGACAGUCUGAACAUGGUAGAACUUGGAGAAGACACUGUAUCUUCUGGAUCUGAAUCAUCCAAAUCUCGGAGCACCUCCCAGAGCAAGCCCACCACUCCUGUCGCCCUCAUCUCUUCCUUUUCAUCCCCAUUUCCAGGCCCCAACAUGCCCCAUGCGGCCGUCAUACCUACACUCAGCGCUGGAUCAACUGGAAGCUCCUCUUCUAAAGGCCUCCAGUCCAAACUGACUGGUAAUGCUCGGCCCCUGCUCCAUAUAGACAUUCCCAAUACACUUCCAGACAGACUCUCUGUAUCCGUCCUAUCGCCAAGCAACAAGAGCCCCAGGCUUGUACAAAAGGACAAAGAGUCCACAAGUAGAACACCAACAACAUCACUUCCUGAAAACUUUCAGCUGCCCAGAAGCAUCGUACAACUCUCAGCUGUAUGUUUGACCACGUCUGAAACCACAGACUUGGACCAAAUUGAGCUUAAAAUGGAACUCAAUCCAGACCAGCCUAAUGACUUAACAGAAGUUGAACUAAAGUCAAAUUUGGAGCCAGGAGAAGAGGAAACCCAGAGGGCUGACUGCUCUCCCAUGGGCCAGGGCAGUCUAGGUCUUCCUCAGCCUCAGGAUUCAGGUUUGCUGGGACAUCCGUCUUGCCUCGUUCCGUCUUGCACACUGCUUCGGCUGAGGCUGUCUAAACACUUCUUUACCAAAGGGCUCUGGUCUUUCUCCACCUCCUCCACAUCUCCCAUCACCUCUCUCAUCUCGUCUUCCCCCUCGCCAUCCAUUAAUCAUUACUACCUGCAGGACACAUCUCUCAGUGUUGAUUCUUGUAGGCUGGUUGCAAAUGAACUGCAGAGCAGUUUUAAAAGAGCCUCCCACCUCUACAAAAUUCUAAGCAACUCCACCGACUCCGGCGACGAGCAGCAGCAAAUGACAUAUGUGCUCGCCGAAGCUUUUGAGGCGAUGCGAGCCGAGCUGAAUUCCCUGCCGCCCUGCCCUCCUUCAAGAUCGCCACGUGCUGGCACUGUGCGCACGUCUGCUAACAGUGAUGCGACUCUGGGUGACGAUAGGACGCUAGCGCUUCUUGAGCAGUACUCCAAACUGCUCCUUACCGCAGUGGAGAAAAGGAUGGACAACAAAAUCUGACUUUUCCAACCAGAUAUCAAGCCAUAGAACCUACAUAGAUGGCCAAGAGCUUUUAAUAAAAAGAUCGAACUGAAAUGCAGCUACCCUACCUCCAUGUUUAGCGUACUGUUAUGGUGGCAACGGACCCCUGACUUAUCUCACCUCUUUGCGAAAUGUUGUGCCCUGCUACUAAAAAAUGUGUCAGGAUAUUUUCAACAUUUGGCAUGGCCGUCAAAUGACUUGCAUGUCUUCAAGGAGGGUUAUUCCUCAAGGUUUUGCUGGUUGCAUGCCACAGCUUAUCCAAAAUGAAAUGGAUUACAUGGUCACCACUUUAAAGACCAAGAAGAAGAAAUGGUUUUAUAUGGAUACAAUACUCUUUCAUACUUUGCAGUGAAAGCAAACUUGUUGGGAGGACUCUCCAGUAAGCAUCAUGUUUUGAACUUAUACUUGUAGGUGAUAUUUAAAGAUUUUCUCUUUCAGAGGGACUGGUCUCCCUGGAAGUCUUAACAAGCCAGAUUUAUCUUACUUUUACCUUUUAUUAUGAAAUGAUUUUAUACUGUAUGUUGUGUUUGUGCUGAUACUCUCAAGUUGAAUUAGGAUGACGGGAUGGAUAUUUAUUCUCAUGUGAUAGGUCAAUGAGGCUCUUGAGAGCAUGUUUGGUGUACAGUUUCAAUGUUGUUACCCAAAAGGGUUGGUUUGGUGCCGGAAGAAAGCUCGGUGUCACCAGAAAUCUGAAAUUUGGAGUAAAACAUUGUGUGGAGUUCUUACUAACCUGAAUGCAUUUUGAAGGGUGAUUUUGUAUUGUUUUAUUUGCUGAAGCUUUUUGUACUUGAAAUGGUAAUUGUCUCAAGGAUACGGGUGCCUUAAUCUUGACCAGCAAUUUGUUGUUGAGGAAUAAUCCGGCAUUUGUAAUUCAAACAGGUUAAAUGAUGAACAGUACUAUUUGGAUGCACUCCUCUUCUAAAUGAUUCAUUCCUGAUUACAAAAUGGAAAGAAAACUGCCAUAAAACACAACUAAAUUGAAUUGAUGAUUCUGGUGACACUCAUGAUGAUGCCAUAUCUUCAGAUUUUAUAUUGCACGUAAAGUUGCAGAUUAAUUUGUGCCAAAACAAGGUAGAGUGCGAUUGGAUACACAGCUUUUGACAUCAGUAACGAAAAGAUAUAGUAUGUUUUCUCUACCCUUUUUAAAAUUGAUAAAACUUCUUCUUUUGAUAUUCUAACUAUGCAAUUAAUUAAUUAUAUGGUUGCAUUUAGGAUUGGCUGCAACCCACUAGUUGGGAAGCACUGUCCUAAGAGAUACCAAGACAAUGAAGAGCAAACUUUGUGAAAUAUCUCUUGAACUUUUCUGCACAAAAUAUAAGAAAAGUUUACACAUUUUCCAGUACUUGGGUUUUGAAAAGACCCUUUUGUCCUGAAAAGAAAAGCAUUUUUAACUGGAGAACUUUGCUUGUAUUAGUUUUUUCCAAAGAUUACUUCUUAAAGGUACGUUUUAUUAUAAUGCGACAUGCUAUUAGUCAUUUCCCCAAAAGCUUAACUUUUGUUUAGUCAUUCUGUCUUCACUUCUUGAAAAAAUCCUUGUGUAUUACCAACAAUCCCUUGAAAACUAGGCUGAGGUAUAGACCAACUUUUCCGUAUUGAUAAUGUACAGUAAAGCACCUUUUGUUACUAGGCUAACAUCAAUUGAAAUGUGGACAUUCUUAUUCUAAGUGUACUGUAAUUUCUUAUCUGCUUGGAUCUGCACAUAUUUUGUACAAUCCAGAUGCUCUUGAACUAGUUCAGAAUAGCUCCAACUUGUUUGGCGACUGAGAUGCAUCAAUUUUAUUUAUUGAAACGUUCAAUUCCACUUGUAUCACAUUCUCUCUAUUGAUAUAAAAGUGUUCACAGUGAAACGUGGAAUGUGCAAUUGCUGUACUAUUGAUCAACACCAAUGUCUCCAUAUGUUUCUAUGAUUUACCAAAAAAAAAACCAUUAUAAACCUUUUAGCUAACUCCUGGGGUAAGUGAGGGCAUUUACAUGCGCACCAAUAUACUUAUAACUACCCAACAAUCAGCUUCUACAAAAUAUGUGAGAACGCAAGAAAACUGCAUUUGCAUGAGAUUUGAAAUCAUUGGAUUAAUUUAGUCAAAACGUAAACAGGCAUGCACUCAACACUUGUGCACAUCGAAUAAGCUGGUAAGAAUGCCGGUAAAGGUG